AUAUAUUUAUAAUAUCAUUUGCCAUAAUCAAAUUGUCAAUAAUGUUUAAUACAGCACAAGUGUUUGGGUUAAUGCAUAUGAAUGGAUUAUAUCGAAUAUGCUAUAAAGUUGAGAUCAAUUCAAUGUGUGAAUGCAAUUAUAGUUUCAAAUCAAAAUCAUAUUACAUAUUAACAUUUUUUUUGCUGUGACAAUUUGAAUGGAGAAGCCAAUAAACACAUGUGACAGUCAGACUGGUUCGAAUACCGGGGCCAGAUAGCUCAGUUGUUAGAGCGUGCACCUGACUAGAGAUUCAGGGGGCCUGGGUUGAAAUUCCAGUCUGGCCCGUCAUUAUAUAUAUUUUUCACAUCCCGUUACAUUUGGUGCUGUGCCCAACUUAUUGAACUGACAUGUGAACUCCUGCCAGGGGAAAAACUAGAACAGCUGAACAUUUUUAAACAAUUAUUUGACAAAAUGUGUGUUGUAUUUACAAGACAUUUCAUUAGAUAUCAAGAAAUAGGGGCUUACUUUUGUUUACUUUUAAGAAAGUGACAAGUGAAUUGUUAAUAAUUAUGAACAAAUCAACAUUUUUUGGAACUGUCAAACCAUAAAUUCCAGUGUUGAUCAUUGUGCUGUCAAUAAUAAUUCACACACAGAUAUGAACAUUUUACUCAUUUUGUAUAAGGCUGAUAUUUGUUAAUACUGAAGCAUAUCAAAUAUUGCCCACCAGGGGAGCAGUUAAUGUCAGUUAUUCAAUUAUUCAAUCAUAUAUUUCAAUCCUCUUGUCUCUCUCAGAGAUCAUGGUUUGGUGCUUAUUUUCGAUUAUAAUAUUAUGAUGUAAACAUUUGCUGCAACUGAAGCUGGUACAUGCAUGUAGUUAUAUCAAAUGAUGACUUACAGCUCUGUGAAUCAUGGUAUAUACUGGUAUAUUUAAGGCAUUGUCUCAAGCCAAGGGCUAGAGUCAGCAUAACUAUCUCUCUCCUACUGAUGGUUGCAUUAUCAAAUGAAACAGAGUUAAUGGGAGGGGAGUUUUAAAUGCAUGCUUAUUGCAUAUUCUUUAAAACACUGAUUUGCCUGAUUGGAUGAGUAUUGAAUCUUUCAAUUCAUAAUUUUCAAUAAUUAUAUCAAUGAUCAAGUAAGAUGUUACAACAUAAUCAAUGAGAUAAACACAUGAUCAAAGUGUUAUAUUACUACGGUAGCAUAGCAAGCAGAAAUAAACAAUGUACAUGUAUAUUUAUGAUAUUGCAUUUGAUAUUUUUUAUUAUUCAACACUCCUAGGAGCUAUCACCAGAUGAAGGUUUCCAGAAUGUUAUAAUAUAAUCAACUUUCAUAUUGAAAAGGAUCGAAACAAAGUUUCUUCACUGGAUUUAAUUUUAUAGACAUAAAAAUGAUAACCUAGCUGAACCAGCUGCCAUGUGGUCAAUGAGAAAAAAGGAGGCAGCAGCGGCCCAGCCCUCACAGGGGAGGGGUCCCUCACCCCCCACCAAAGAGGACAUUCUCAGCACCCUGGAGAACUUUGGGGACAGUACUGACCCUGAGAAAGAAAACAACAACAACAAACAACCUAGCCGGCAGCAAAGUGAGGACAGCUUAGAUGACUGGGAGAAACCCGACCCACCUAGUGCCAGUACCUUCAAUUCCUACAGUGCAGAAUGGGAGAAGUUAUUCAAGAGAAAGAAUUAUCGCAAGCAGCUCAGGUUGUAUGCCAUGAAUGGAAAUCUACGCAGCAGUCGUUUCCGCUCCGUGUGUUGGAAGGUUUUCUUGGAUGUUUUACCAGAUGACAUCCACCAUUGGAAGAACAGUUGUAGGAAAUCAAGAAGUAAAUACACCGAUUUAAAAGACAGGCUUAUAGUGAACCCCAGGAAAGCUGUCGAUUGCAGUGCCUCAGAUCUAGCCCUCAACAACCCCCUGUCUCAGGCUGAUGAGAGUCCUUGGAACCAAUUUUUCUUGGACAAUGAGCUUAGACUGACCAUCAAACAAGAUGUCAUCAGAACUUUUCCUGAGGUAGAAUUUUUUCACAAGGAAGCCAUCCAAGAAAUGAUGCUAGAUCUUCUGUUCUGCUUCUGUAAAACGUACCCAGAACUUUCAUAUAAGCAGGGAAUGCAUGAACUGCUGGCACCAUUGAUAUUCAUACUCCAUUGUGAUCACCAGGCAUUUCUCCAUGCUGCUGAGGUUGAAACGUUAGACCAGAUAAAUGAGCCAGACAGGGAUAUUGUGAAGGAGAUCAUGGACCCUGCUUAUCUUGAACAUGAUGCUUAUGCCCUGCUGAGUCAGAUAAUGCGCACUGUAGAACCAUGGUACAAUGCCAGGGACAUUCCAGUCAACAGGAGCAAGGAUAAGCUGAGCUCCGUCCCCUUUGCGCGCCCCCAGGACCUGAACUCGUCCAAUGCCAUAGUGACCAAGCUGACUCGGAUACAGGACUACAUCCUGAAGAGGUUUGAUGUAGAGCUGCAUGGACAUCUAGAGAGACUGGAGAUAGCUCCACAGAUCUAUGGAAUACGCUGGAUAAGACUUCUGUUUGGACGGGAAUUCCCCAUGCAGGACCUCCUGGCUUUAUGGGAUGCCAUCUUUGCGGACGGUGUGGGAUUUGAACUGGUGGACUUUGUAUUUGUGGCCAUGCUGUUGUACAUCAGAGAUCUAUUGUUGUCCAGUGAUUACCCACAAUGCCUGACCUGCUUGAUGCGGUACCCCCCAGUGCCGGACAUAGGUUACUUGAUAGAGAAGGCCCAGUACCUGAGAGAACCCAAACACUUCCCACGACCACCUCAUUACAGCUACCAGACUGUAAACAAUGUCAAGUCUCCUGUCUCCCAAAAACCACCCCCACAGGCCAGCUCCAACUCCACAACCUCCACUAACACCAGUACUAGUACUUACAAACACCACAGGACUGGAAGCAUGACAUCUAGCUUCUCUGAAUUCUCACGCAAAAUGAGACCCAAAACUUUACAAAUGGAUGGAAACAAGCCAUCCAUUUACAAAUCCUCUAGUGUGCCCAUGAAUCUUCAGACUGAUAUCUCGCCAGGAACCCCGCAGUACCCCCAGCAUAAGAGAGGAUCUUCUGCUAGUCUGUCCCAGGUGGAAGACGCCAUGUUUAAACAAACCCCGUCGCCUAGCAGCAUGGCACGCCUGGAACCAACCAAUGACAGAUUUGCUAACAUGACACUUUACAACCAAGAGGAUGGUCCAAUGAACGGCAAUGUUGCUAAAUUCUCCACAUUACCAAAUUUGAAAGGCAAAGGAAAGAAGUUAUCAAAACAAAUGGCUGAGUUGGAGCAUAGGAUGGGGGAGCUACAAGGACAGAUAAACGAGAAAGAAUCCAUGUCUCUGUACUGUGCCAACAAACUGGACAGUCACAUCAAGCGACUUCAGUUUGAGGUACUACAUCAGUCACUGGAAAAUGAGGAUGAAAUACUGUUAGCCAUAGCAGGAAUAAAACAGGUCAGAGAUGUUUUGAAGGGAACUCUCAAGUUUUCUCAGAUGGACGAGGAAGAUGUGACAAUAAAAGACGAUUACUAUGAACCAGAAAAUAACAGUGCCACUUCUCCCGAAAAUCAUGAGCCACUUCCGCAGGAGAAACCAAGAUCAAGGUCUCACAGUAAAAAGAGUGGCAUCUUUUACAUGAGUAGUGAGGACAAUUCUGAAAAUGCAGAAUCCCCUCCAGAGGGCCCCAUCCAAGCAGUGACCCCUAGGAAAGGGUCAAUUCAAAAAGAGGCUCAUAAUCACAAGGAGGAUAAUAAGGCAUUUGAACUGAGUGACCGUGUUUUACCGGGAACUGGCCAUGGGAAAUCUGGGAUUCAGAGCCAACCAGUGGAUGUGUCAGAGAAAACCCAUCCUCUGGAGUCAAGUCCAAAUCCCCUGUACAAUUACAAGUGUUCAGUCGAUUCUGUGUAAUAGCAAUGGUUUAUAGGUGUCUGUAGUAAUUAGGUAAAGAUAUGUGUAUUAAAGAAAAUAAAGUGUCGUGUUGAAGCCUUUCUUUGUGUAUACAUGUACUUGUACUUGUGUAUGUACUUUACCAUUUCCAUAUCUUACUUCAUGUGAUGAAAUUUUUUCUGCUUCUGAAUAGGCAUUCAUGUUAAUUAAUGUGUCUGUCAGUCUCAGAGAUGAUGAGUAUAAAAACUAGGGUUGUUUACUAGGUGGCAUAGGACACUUUAAGAUGUUGCAUAGAUCAUUAUUUUUUUUUUUAAAGAUAUAAUGACUUUUUAAAAAAACUAAAGAUUAACAUUGAUUUUGCAAUUAAUGCAUUUUGACAUAAAAAGUUUAAAAAAAAAUGCAAAUCAUUCAUUAACUGAUCUAGCCUGUUAAAGAUGUGGAAGAUAAAAAGUAGAGUUUACAUGUAUGACUUUGUUAUUUUACAUACUGAAGAUGUCCCAAUCCACCAUAAAAUCUUUCACUCUGUAUACAUUUUCUUUCCCGAAGUAAUAGGUAUUUGCAAUAUUAAUUGUGAUACUGAUGAAAGCUUUGAAAUAUCUAUUGAAUUCCAGUGUGAUAUUUUUAAAAGAGUUUCAGUGUUCCUCUAACAAGUACCGUACAUCAUUUUUAGAAAAAAAUUCUCAGGUUUAGUUCAUACUGUUCCCACCAUUAAAGCUAUGAGUAUUAUGUAAUUGAGACAAUCAUACUCUUCUUUCUCUUAAAAAAUUACAAAUUACUCCUUGAGGCUAUUAACCUAGGAAAAAAAUUAAUGUUGGAUAGAAAUUUUUUUUGGUAUUCCAUAUACUGUUGUCUUUUGUUGAAGAAUCAACAAUGCAUAAAUUAUAUUUACAUUAAUAAGUUUGAUUUGGUCAAAUUUUUUUUUUCAUAUUAGUCUGGCAAUUAUUAGGCUUGUGCAUGGUACUGCUGUAAAAAUGAGUGCAGCUUCAUGAAGUCUUAAAUUAUAGCAUGCUAGCUAUAUAUUGGUGAUACAUGUAUAUUAAAACACAAUUUUUUCUUGCAUCAUUGACUUGUUAACUUUUACAAAUACACUUUGUUUUCAUUAUUAAAGUUUUUUUCAGUUUGUGUUUCACUUGAUGAUACAUGUACUGGUUUUACAUGUACCAGUAGGAUACUCGUGCAUAUGAAUACAUUUUAAAAAUGUACAUUGUGAUAUUUAUGAAACUUUCAAGAUAUAUUACGAUAAGCUGAUGAAUUUAUGAUGCAUGCAUUGUAGAAUUGCCAUGUACAAAGAAGCACACAGAUCUCUAGGUUUAAAAAAAGAAAACCACCUAUUAGCAAGAGACUUGCAUUAUUUCUAAGUUUUAUAGUCAACUGCUGAAUUAUUUCAUACAUGUGUAUUGAAAAUUUGUUUGAACAUGGGAAUUAAUAGAUAGUUUGAUGUAUAAGAAACCAAAAUCAACAUAGCUUCAGUUUAUUUUCUAUUACGAAGAGACUUUGUUUACAUUUACCGGUACUUCUUUGAAUUCAACUAUCAGUAGUUAUUCAUAAAUUUGUUUUUCCCCAAUAAAUUGGAGUUGUAAAAAAUAACAGGGCUAAAAUGUUUUCAUAUCGAGACAAGUUCUUUUAUUCAAAUGCUUACUUUCAUUAUCUCAUAUUUUACUGUCAAAUUUUGUUCUAAUUUUAUUCCUCCUUUUUGUGAUUUUUUUACUAGAAAUGCUCAGGAAUGAGUUGCUGAUAUGACUUAAUUUAGAUAAUUAAUAUAAUGCCUGCUUUUUGUAGGUAAAUUCAUCAUCCUGUGCUGUACAUGUGUUCUAUACUGUUAAAGAAUGUUCAAUUGUUAAAUAGAAAAAUUUAUUUUGUUUUUUUAAUCUACACAUUCCUUGUGCAAUAAGUUAUUGUUUAAUAUAAAAUUAAAAUCUUCA